CUGUGCUGAACACACUGAACCUGGCUAUAUCAAAGGACAGUCUUUUUUGGGGGCCACACUACGUGCAUUAGGAGUAAGCAUUAGAUGUGCCAUUGUAUAGCUGAGCUGGGCUGGCAUUCUGCAAAGACACUUGUGUGCAUUUCCUUUCCAUUAAUGCAUUGCUUUGUUUCUACCAGAUAAAAGGUUAUUGUGGAGUAAUUCCCUUUUAAUGCCAUAGCUGCACUUCUCAAGACAUGACAGGCCAGUCUUCCUGUGCCUGAGACCCCUCUUUAAAAGAGCUUUUGCCCAUGUGGUUGCUGCGUGGCAGGUAUACCCACUGCAAAUCUCUCCUGCAGAGAGUGUGCCCUACAAAGGUGAUAGGGGAUCUACUGCCCUGGCUGAGCUGCACGUCCUCAUAGAUAUUCCUGUUUGGGACUGGCAGAACCUACUUGAGCAAGGAGGGAGCUGCCCACACGUGAGAAUGUGCCCAGAUGCGAAGCAGCCAGCUGGAGUGAAAAGAUUUGUUUCUGCACCGAUACCCCUCAGCCCUCCCGGCCUCACAGGCCCCUCCAGCCUGUGGGAGCCAUGCCACAUGUGGUGGUCACAGCAUUUCUUUCAUUUACCAAGAUGUUCCUUGGAGUCAGUAGAAAGCAAACAGGCAUUUUUCCCAGAUAAUUGGGUCUUCAACAUUUGUAUUAUGCGGCAUGUGAGGAGGCAUUAUUUCCUUCCACUCACUAUACAGGUUGACUAGGGUCAGGUAUACCCCAUUCAAGGGACCCGGAGGCACUUCAGAUCUAGCUCAGCCCUUACUUUUCUUCUUUUUGAAAAUACAUGCUAAGGAGUUUGCAAGGUAAAUAGAGUAAUUAAUACAGUACCAUGGCAGUAACUCAAAAUAUUUACACAGACAGAAAAUGCAGAGUUCUUCUGUCAUCACUAACUUCCUGAUUUGCUUCUCUUCAGUUUUCUAUGUCAUGAUUCAUAGCAUACAUAUCUGAGAUAACCUGUAUUUUUUUACUUUCAUAUGCUUAAUAUUCUGUCGUUGCAUUUGUUAAUGUUGAGGCUGUGCACAUGAUGGGUGGCUUCUUCCACUUUAUCUAAUGUCCAGAUUUGAAAUAGAAGAAUAUCAUUUUAAUGUUAAAAACACUCUAGUUUCAUUGGCACAAGGAGCAAAAAAUUCACCCUCCGUUUUUGCAUGUGUUCCUAUUUUCAGAACAGGUGCCUUUUUGUCAUAAAAAUAGCUCAGCUGCUGUCCCUUUGUCCUGCGUGAUGUUACGCCAUGGCCUUUGCAAAGCCAGGAGGAACUUUUUGGCACGGCCCUCCCUUUCCAGGAGGGACCCAGCUAAGCUUCCUGAGCAACAUCAGCCUCCACUAAGAAUUCAGGUGCACAGCAUUCAGUUCUGGGAGUAUUGACCAGCCUUUGUACUUACUAAAGUUUCAUCGGAGGAGAUCGUAGCAUGAGUUCCUCGAGAAUAAUGGACCCUAAGAUGCGAGAGGCUGAAGGAGAUGGAGAGGACAAUUCAGGAAAGAAAAAAUCAAAGUUCAAAUCUUUCAAAAAGUUUUUUGGUAAAAAGAAAAGGAAAGAGACACCAUCUUCUGCAAGCAGCAAUCUGAAGUUGUGCCAGUCAACGAGUGAUGUUGCGGCCUCUCACGACAUGCGCAUUAAUUAUGACUCUGAAGAUGAACUUGAGGCACAUAAAGGCAUUAUGGGAAGCAGAGCUUUGUCACAUGAUAGCAUUUUCAUCCUUGAGACUGGGCAAGAGCCUGCAAGGCCAGUAAGAGUGUUUUCUCAAGAAAACAUUUCUGACCGGAUUAGAGCUUUACAGCUGAAACUCCAGCCUACCAUGAAAUUGGGACCUCCACCUCCAUUUAGACUUCAUGCAAAGCGAACAGAGGAUGCCGGGACCAGUUCUGAAGAUGAUGGAUUACCCAGAAGCCCUCCAGAAAUGUCUUUGCUCCAUGAGAGCCUAAACUCAGGCACAAGAACAAGAUUCUUUGACUCUCACAAGCACCUUAGCUCUUUGAGUUUAGCUGGAACAGGCAGUGAAGAAGAAGAACAGGUUACAUUGCAUCCUUCUAGAGCUCGUGCUACAGAUGGUCAGCUGUUCACUAGGCAUGGAAGUGGAUCUCUGCAGACAUCUGACAGUACCAUCUCACCUACAGCCAAUUUUGACACUCCACCUGAACUUUCCACUUUCUUGGAUAAUUCUGCUGCUAAACAUAAGCUUUUAAUAAAACCCCGGAACCAGAGAUCCAGUAAAAUGAGAAAAUUUUCUCAGAGGACCCAGUCUGAAUCUCUGACUGAUUUGAGCUGUACCCCAGAAGAAGAAGAAGAGGAUGAUGCUGUAUUCAAACCCAGCAAUCAAGAACUGCCAUGGACCGCAGCUGCAACACAGGAUGCUGUUUCCUGGCCAAAGCCCAGAAUGCCUGAGGACCUCCCCCCUGCUUUGAGACCAGUGAUGACUCAGCCUGCUUCUGAGCCUGCUGCUGUACAGGGAGCCCUGCUUCCAGAUAAUAAGCCACAGGACUGCCAACCGGUGCUAGAAACAACACGUGAAGAGUCUGAGUCCUCAUUGCUGAUAGAAGACAAAGAGCCCACAACUUCUUCCUACUCCAGUCCAGACAGAGAAGUAAAAAAGCAAGAAGAUUCCUCAGAAACACUGGUUCUCUUGUCUGGGGAUGUGAGUGAUAUGUCAAUCAAUAUUUUAAAUCAAGAAAAUAAGGAACAUCCUACUGUGUUUCCAGUAAAUAAAAUACCAUCCGAAGAAAAUAUUCCAAUUAGUAAGAAUAGUGUUGUAUUAUUGGGAAGGUCAGACGAGAAUAUACAGAAGGAUGAUCGGGUACCUGUGGAAAUGUCCUGUAGUGAAGAGGCAAAGAAAGAGUUUACUCUAUUGUCAGAGUCCAGCAAGGAGUUUUUUGUGGGUUCUUCCCAACCCACAGACUCGUUCCAUGUUUCACAUCCUGCUUCCUCAGUGUGGAUGGGAUCAUCUACUUCCUGCUCUCUAGAGAAAAUAAAGACUGCACAAGAGGCAGCUGCUUCUGGUAAGAGCAGUCAGUCACUGGUCCACAAAGAGGAACUACUGGGGAACAAAGCUGAAAAAGUAGUCAGUGAACUCAAUGCCUUCAGAAAGUUUUCUGUUUCCUCUGCACGAGAGAGACCAAGAACCAGAAGCCUACACUUCCCAGAAAGAUCAGAGCUGGAAAGCUCAUUAAAUACUGGAUUCUUCCUGUCCAAAGAAAAGGUCUCCUCAAGAAAUGAGAAGUGGAAAGAAGACUUCCAGAAGGGAUCAGAGCUGGACGAGGAAAAAAGUAGCAACAAAAAGCAGACCUCGCUGGCAGAGUCUGACUCUGAGAACACAGAACCUACAGAAAUUUUGGCUGGUUAUGUUUCUCUGGCUGUUGAUGCAGUGCUGAUGCCAAGCAAUUCUUUGGUGGUAUCCCAGAAUCAGCCAAGCUGUAAAGAUAAAAGUCCUUUUCAAGUGAAACUUAGAUCCACCUCACUGUCCUUGAAAUAUGGAGACAACUCAUCACCAGAAUCAAAAGAGAUUAAAAGAUACAGUGCAGAAUUUAAUUUAGAAAAUGAGGGAUUGACUUCCUUUCUAAAAGGUGAUAAGGCAGAGAUCAAAAAACCAGCCAAUACAAAUAUUGGUGAUUCUUUAAAUGAAAAGAUCAAACCCAAAGCAAAGUCCUCUGAACAACUUAGCAGCAAACCUCCACUGCCUAAAAAGCCAGCAUUGCAAAACAUAACCAUCCCAAACACUACUGCAAACAAGGAGAAGCAGGAAAAAUCUAUGCAUUCUCCCGAAUCCAGAAGUGAAGACAAAGACUUGGAGAAACAGUCAAAUUCUGGUAAAGUGCCUGAGAAAAGUGUGCCUUCCCCUAUGGCUACUGGAGACUCUGGAAGAGAUCCUGACACUCCAGCAGAGCCAGCCUGGAUUUCCAUUGCAAGGCAAAAGCAGAGGGGCAUGCAGCAGGAGAAGGACAGAGAAAAGCUUGUGGCUCCGGAUAUUAAGACAGAUACAGAGAAAAAGAAUAAAGAAAAGGAACAAACAGAGGGGUCAGCGAAGCAACAGCGGAGCAAAACAUCCUACUUGGCAGCUAAAAGCGCUUCUGAGGAGCAGAGGAAAGACACAAAGUCUGAAGAGAAGGAGCCUCUGCUGAGAACCAAUUCACUUUCACAAUAUGUCCCUGUAGCUCCAUCACCUGCACUGGCAGAUAAGGAGGAAAUAGGCCACUUGAAGAAAGCUAGUAAUGCUGCUCCAGAUGAGCCAUUGUGGAUGGAACUGGCCAAAAAGAAAUCUCAAGCUUGGAGUGAUAUGCCGCAGAUUAUAAAAUAGAAUGAUGCAAACAAAUAGCAUCUUUCAUAAUUAAGUCAACUACUUAACUGAACUUCUACAUACCAGCUAAUCACAGUGAAGAAUCUCUUGAUACGGAAGAAGGAUUUUAUUAUACAGCUGUGGAGAAAGUGUGCAAUAGGUGCAGUCAAAAAGUUUACCUUCAACUUUUUAGCAAUCAGGAUUGCAAUGGCAAUGGAUUACUUCGGUUAUGCUAAGGACGUACUUAUACUUUGGAAAAUAAAACUUUUGCCUUACGUAUUUCCUGCAUUUUCUGCUUUUAAUUAUGUUUGCAUCAAAACAGGAUCUUUGUUAAACUUUGCUGAACUUCUGUUGUUGCGGGAAAAUUCCCUUUCUUAUGGGUUUCUCUGUUUACAUUUACAAAUUGUGCACUAACAGCCCGAUUCUGUGGAUGUGUUUCACUGGAAUCGCCUGACACACUUCCUACCAAAGCUGUUAGGCCCAUGGUGGUAUUCACGAAUAGCUGCUGGCGAGUGCUCCAUUAAAACGUGUUGCCCGAGCGGUGUGUUUGCCUGGCUGAGCCGAUGGUGCAGUUUCUGGGGUUGGGUUACAUUUCAGGAGGCACAAAUACCCACAUUUAUGCGUGACCACGAAUAAAAAUUCCUCGUCUCCUUCUCUGAGCAACCUUGGUUGCACAAUGUUUGCAAGCAAGUGAGCAGUAAGGAAACUGAACUGCAGUUGGAAGCUCAGCAGUGCAUUCACAGUUGCUUUCCUACAUGAAUUUAUCUGGUUGUAACUGGCUUUCCUUUUUGUGAAAGCUUUGUAAUCAGUUAGGAGGAUGGUAUUAGUAGCAAUGGAAAAUAUGAAUUUAAUUAAGAACUGAAAAUCCUUGAACUAAAGUCCAAACUGAAAUGCUUGGAAAAACUGUGAAUUUCAUCAUAGUGUCAGCUUCACAUAACAUCCCCUACAUAAUCUUAAUUCUUCUCAAUAAAAAUCAGUAACAUACAGAUAGAACGUCUGUACUUGACUACCUUUAUCUAACAUUCUCAUGCUCAUUGACCUGAAUCUUCCCCACCAGUUUGGGACUCCCACUCAUGAAGUCUCCUAGGCUCUUCACUUCCACUUGUUUAACGAGAUUGACAAUAUAAAUCAUUUGUUGCUGAUUGACCAAAGUCACUCUGAACAUAUUUUAAGACCUCCCUGUGAGUUAAAGAAGCAAAGGACAAACCCUGUCAUGCCCCACUGCUAAGGCAAGCAUUUCAUGGGUGAAUACUCCUGUAUUAGCACUGUACUCCCUGGCUUUAUUUAUGUUUGUAUCAGUAAUUUUGUUCUUCUUGUCACAUUAAUGUUCUUUUUGGAAAAAUGUGGGCAGACUUUAGGAAAUAUAGGAUUUGCAAUUUCAAAACCUUGUCUUCUCCUCAGAGAUGGGGAGGAAAACCCAAGCCUCUCGGUAAUGACAACAACAUUUUGUAAUGAAUAAAGAAACAGAGAGUUGAGCAUGUGAAUAUCCAACACACUGCUAAAGGUUUUCAGUCAGGUUGUCUUUCAUCAUUGAAAAUACCAGAAGGGAAAACAAAUUUUCUGUUUGUCAAGGCCUUUGGACACAGACAGUCAGCCUGCAUCACUGCCGAAAUCCGCCUGCACAGCUGCUGGAGGCCUGAUGGGGCUUCUGCACAGACCUGCUCCAGCCCAUCACAGCAGCUGUCAGUGGUCCCCACCCAAAUAGGUUUCUGCCAGCUGUCCCAGGGUUUUCUCCUUCCUGCAGAUCACAGAAAGCAGUGUGGGAUACCCACUGAAAUCAGAAGCCAUAAGACAGCUCUCUGUUAAACAGAUCCACACCAGAAAUAGUAAUUUAAUUACAAAUAGGAAGUUAAUUACAGGACGUGCAACCUUGGGCUCAACUAUCUGAAGUUUGGUUCUGCAAAAACUUCCACACUGCUCCCCCACGAGCAAGCAUCCUUUAUUUCAAGUGACUUUUGGGGUUUUUUUGUGGUAUUCAAAUCAUACUCUAGGACCUACAGUGGAAAAAGGCACAUUUUUCAGAUACAAUAAAAACCAUCUUUAACCCCCUGUCCUUCCAAAACACCCUUUCUGUAAUAAAUAACUAAUUAGCAUAAAGUGUAAUUUUAAGAUAUGGUGUUACCUUUUGUAGCAAUCUUGAAAAAACCCAAAUAGUUUCUGUAUUAAAGGAAUAUACUAUAUUAAAAAAGACCAAAUUUGUAUUCUCUAGUUAUUGUCACCCCAUGAAAAGAGCACAUUGUUUCCAGGAAAUGUAGUUAAAGGUACGGUCUGUCUCCUUACAAUUCCCUCCCUGUUUAAAACAAUUAAAACUGUGUUGAAUCACAA